GCGGUCCUCUAUCCCCAGCGUUUCGACUUUCUCCUCAGCCUCCUUGAGAGUGAAGUUGAGUGAACACGCUUGGAGCCUUUUUCUCUUUCUGGACCCAUGUGGCACCUGUCCUCCCGCACUUGUGUUUUCUGCGGAAACGGGAGAAUCACUAUUGGUUGCCAAUCGCAUACAGAAUUUCAGUGCAAAAUAUGUGCUGGUAGACAGUUGUAGAAAGUGGAAACCUCUAUACGUUCUGUUUUUACCUGCGGAUCUACUGCAACGGGAAUCUGCAGAAGAUCAGAGGGAUUUGUAACAGAAGUGCAAGAUGCUGAGAAUUCAAACAAUCAUUUGCACUUUAUCGGUGCUUUCACUUGCAGCAAAAGCCGAUCUCAAAACCCGAAACUGUAGUGAGGUUAGGGACGCCUGUGUUGUUAAAGGCUUCAGCUUUGCACAUGUUCCACUCCAGGAGAUAUCAGGUGAGCACCUCCGUGUGUGUCCCCAGAGCAACACCUGCUGCACCCCUGAAAUGGAAGACAAGUUCGGCCAGCAGAGCAAGCUGGAGUAUGAGAAUCUCAUGGAUGAAACUAGUCACGAAUUGCGAAGCACCUUUGUAUCCCGACAUAAAAAGUUUGAUGAAUUCUUCCUGGAGCUGCUGGAGAACACUGAGAGGUCCCUGAACGAGAUGUUCGUGAGGACCUAUGGCAAGCCUUACAUGCAGAACUCUGAAGUAUUCCAGAACCUGUUUGCUGAGCUAAAACGAUAUUACACAGGAGGAAAUGUCAACUUGGAGGAAAUGCUCAACGACUUUUGGUCUCGUCUGCUGGAGCGUAUGUUUACGCUGCUCAAUUCCCAGUACAUUAUCACGGAGGACUAUCUGGAGUGUAUCAGUAAGUACACGGACCAGCUCAAACCGUUUGGAGACGUGCCCAGGAAACUCAAGGCUCAGGUUACCAGGGCCUUUAUCGCGGCACGAACAUUCGUCCAGGGCCUCUCCGUUGGACGAGAGGUAGCCAACCGAGUUUCCAAGGUGAGCAGUACCCCGGCCUGCAUCCGCGCUCUCACCAAGAUGCUGUACUGCCCCUACUGCCAGGCCAUGCCUGCUGUCAAGCCCUGUAACAACUACUGCCUCAAUGUUAUGAAGGGCUGCCUCGCCAACCAAGCAGACCUGGACCCAGAGUGGAACCACUACAUCGAUGCCAUGUUGCUGGUGGCACAGAGACUGGAGGGACCUUUCAACAUUGAAUCUGUCAUGGACCCUAUUGAUGUCAAGAUUUCAGAGGCCAUCAUGAAUAUGCAGGACAACAGUGCCCAGGUCUCCUACAGGGUUUUCCAAGGCUGUGGCCAGCCCAAACCCUCAGGAAUGGGCAGGUCUGCCCGGGGCGUUUCGGAUGUGUUCAACGCCCGCUUCAGACCCUACAGCCCAGAAGAGAGGCCGACCACUGCAGCUGGUACCAGCCUGGACCGACUGAGGAUUGUCUGGAGUGCAAUGCAGCACAGCGUGAUUGACAUUAAGGAGAAACUGAAGCUCUACAGGAAGUUCUGGUCCAGCGUGCCUGAAGCCAUCUGUCAGGAGGACCGUGUCACUGCUGGGGAAGCCAGUGAUGACCAGUGUUGGAAUGGUCACACCAAGGGCAGGUAUUUCCCAGAGGUCCUCAAGGAUGGACUGACCAAUCAGGUCAAUAACCCAGAGGUGGGCGUGGACAUCACCAGACCAGACACAUUCAUACGCCAGCAGAUCAUGGCUUUGAGAGUGAUGACCACCAAGCUAAAAAAUGCCUUCAAUGGCAAUGACAUCUACUUCCAAGACUCAAGUGACGAGGGGAGUGGUUCGGCCAGUGGCAGUGGCUGCACGGAGGCCUGCGUCACAGAGUUUGACUUUGUCAGCACCGAGGCCCCCGUGGUGGGGGCGGACCGCAGCGGCCCCAUCGACGACUCCGCCACGCUCCCCGCCCCCUCGCUAGUCCUGUCAGCUACACUCGCCCUGGCAGCCCUGGCACUGCACCGGCUCUGGAGAUAAUGCUGGGGAAACCGGCCCCACGUGGACAGCAGGGUUCCUCUUUCCGCUGGCUUUUUUGUAUUCAGACUGGGGCUGUGGUCAGGUUUUCAUGCAGUCUCGGCCUCUUGGAUACAGAGGGGUGCUUGGAAGCGAGACCCCAGGCGUCCUGGUUCUCCCCUCUCCCAGAGACUGUGCAGUACCAUGCUUAGGUGGUUGCCUUCAGCCACAGCUCCACUAUGUUAAACAGAUGGCCCCCUGUCAAACUCUGUUCCGUAAGAUGAACGGAGAUCACUUUUUUUGCAUACAGGAAAUGUAGGUCUCCGUGAGAAAAGAAAAAAACAUGCACUUUGAUUCUUUUGGUUUGUUGAUGCUGUAAAAGAUAAUGUAUUAUUUUGUUGUACCACUGUGAGAAUGUGAGAUCUCAGCUUGAAGUGAUGAGAAUUAGAACGUUUUUAUUACCAAAAUUAUAAGAUGUGGUCUAAGUCUUGACUUGCACAUCUUGCAAGUCAAGACUAAAUUAUCUUUUGAAAGGUGUGUAAAGAUUAAACUUAUAAACAGCACCACAAAAUAUUAGUUAGCUGCUACCCUUACAUUUUUGCUUUGAAGCCCUUUGUUUAUUAAAUAUACAGUAACAUUUUACAUUAGUAUUCUUGUUAAAGUUUCAUUACAUAAGUACUACAGUAUUUAAUAGGCAAUGUAUCGAGUUCAACGAAAUAUCCUUAUUAUACACAAAAUAUACUUAUAAUUGAAACAAAAUAUAGAAAUAUAUUAUUUUGUUGUGGAUAAGUAUAUAGUGUCAUUGUAAGUAAGUAAGUAAGUAUCAAGUGUAAAUAAUUUGAAUAGGAGAGAGCACAAUUGAAAGAGCACAGUAGUGUUUACAGUGGUGCGUAGUGUCACAUUAUUGCAGUUUGUAAAUACAUGUUGUUCAUUUUCACAUUGCCUAUUACUGUACUCAGUACAUGUACUUAUGAAAUGACUCUGUAAAAGGACACUACUGGAAAAUGUUACCACAUUUACAAAACAGUUGCUAUUCAGGUUUAACUUGAUAACUCAAAUCAUGUACAGUUCUUACCAAUGAUUGUGUUUCGUUGUUCUGAGUGCAGAUGAAAUAAGAUCCCAUCAUGUUUGCGUUAUUUCAUACUUCACUGUACUUAUAUUGUCUUUGUAUUAUCAACUCCUCAAUAGAAAAAGGUCAACUUAUAGCUAAGGAAUACUUCCUGGUUUACCAGGCUUGUCAUGGGUGCACCUAUAGGGUUCUGUUGACUUGAUUCAGCAAAUUAUUUCAUUUUCUCAUACGCAUCCUUAGCAGGCUCAGCAGUGGAAUAAAUUGUGUUGUUGGAUUUCAUACAUAUCUAAGUGAAUCAUAACAGCUUAAUCAGCAAGAAAAUGUUUACAUGGGUUGUGUUGAUGUCCAGUACUCAUUUUCUGUAUCCGAUUUGAAUCUGUACCUGGUAACUCAGGUUGGAGUAAUUUUUGUGUUUUAUUGACAGCAUUUUCAACUCCACAGGCCUAUCCCCUAAACUGUAUGUUCAUAUUUUUACAUUACCUGAAAAAGGUGAUUUUUACCAACCCAGUUGUCAUGUAGGUUCUGCUUUGAAUAUCCACCUUGUUUGCAUAUGAAAUUAAUGCGUAUUCUGCAAAUUAUUGACCGAUGGAGUAUGCACUAAACUGUUUUGACCGCUUGUUGCUAGGUCUGUAAAAACGUUUAUUUACCUCUGCGAACUUUCAGGAGGUAUAUAAACGGAUUUAUUAACUUUUGAGAACGUCUUCUGGACCAAUAGGAACAGCGUAUUGGUCCAAUUAUUACACUAGUAUAUAAGAUACUGUUUUGAAUCCAAACUCAAUUAUAAAAUGUAGGGUAGGGUUUUAAUGAUGAUAAUUAAUGAUAAUUACAUGAAUUCCAUGCUGUAAAUGGUAAAUAAGAAAAAAAGAGUAAACAAUGUGCCAUGUUGUUGCAGCUGAAAUUCAAAACACAUUGAAGACUUAAACCGCCAAAGGCAACAACAACAAAAAAAAGUCAUUGAGUUUAUCUCUGAAGCAUGAGUGGUUGUGUGUGUGCAGGCUGGCCUCA